AUGAGAAGAAGAGGAGAUGAGAAGAAGAGGAGGAAGAAGAAGAGGAGGAAGAAGAAGAUGAAGAGGAAGAAGAAGACGGAGAAGAAGAUGGAGAAGAAGAAGAAGACGGAGAAGAAGGAGAAGAAACAGAGGAAGAAGGGGAAGAAGACGAAGAAGAGGAGGAAGAAAAAGAAGGAGAGGAAGAAGAAGAAGAUGGAGAAGAAGAAGGAGAAGAAGCGAAAGAAAAAGAAGAGGAAGAAGAAAAAAGAAAAAGAUUACCGCACUUAG